UGCUACAAUUAUGCAGAGCCUCACGCUGUCCACUUUCAACAACAAAAAAGCAUGUCUAUAAUAAAACACUAUCAUUAGCACUAUAGAAUAGUUGCUCCUUAUUGCAAGUUAAAAAAACCACCAAUUCAUUCUUCACAAACAAGCCUUCUUUUUCUUUUUCCAAGAGAACAAAAUGUUAUUCAGAGCUAGCAGCAUCACUAGUAGGUUCUCUGAUAAAAUGAGUACUAGUGUGCCAGUUGAGGUUGGCACAAAGGGAACUGUAGGAUCACUUUUGAAGAAGGAGAUUGAGUAUUUCAGAAAAGUAGAGUUGGAUUGUAGUAAAGGGAGCACUAAUAAUAAAUCCCAGAAGAGUACAGUGGAAAUAAAUUCAUCAGGUGGUGGCAAUUCUUGGCCUAGUUUCGGGUUCUUGACGAUGAAAUGGAAGAAAAAGAAGAGAAGAGGCAAUGGUGGUGUAUUACCUGCAAUGUGUUCUAUGGUUGAAGUUUCUGAGAGUUGUAAGAUGAAUGAGAUUCCAGGGUUCAGUUAUAGAAAUCUUAAGGUUGAUUCGAAGAGAUUUGAGGAAGAAAUAACACUCUCAUAGGAGCUUUUAAUUUUUUGUGCCAGUCUGAACUCUGCCAUAAUUAGCCAAAUAUCUUGUGUUUCUAAUUGCCUUCAAUUGCUUGGAAUUUGAGAGAAUUGUCCAUCAUCUGGAGUUCUUGCUUUGGAAAGAGCAGGUAAUACCUUGGCAGUUAAGCCUGCGCCGUUACAUGUAUAGACCAUAGACGAGCACGUAUAGAAUAUGAUUAAGUUGUAUCAUUGGACUGUGGUGUUCAUAAGCAGAUCAUCAGCAGGAAGACUUGUCUUUCAUUGUUUGAUUUCCUGUCAAAAGUAAGAAAGAUAUAAAACGCAUAACGUGUUUUGUGCAGAUCAAAAGAGUGGAAAACUCUAGGUUCUUGUGAUUGAAAGAAGUUUGCAUUUUUUCCCUAUAUCAAAAAGAGGAACUUGAACAUAGUUGAGAAGUCAUAUUUGUGAUUGUACAUGAGGUGAACAUUUUCAUGUUUAAUGUUUUUGCCUGCAGCAAAGCGAAUUUUCUUGUAGUUCUUACAGAUUUCAUCUUCAAUGUCAUGGUUAUUAUUCAUGUUAUUUAUUCAUUCUUUCUAAUGUUUAUGCACAUAUAAAAGAUGCAAUUGCAG